AUGGAAUCUUUGACAACAACCAUUCGUUCCGUCACGCUGAACUGCCGAACACUAUCGAGUGAACUUCAACAAGCCGCUCUAUCCAGACUUCUGCGAUAUCUCUGUGUGCCCUUUGGUGCACUGCAGGAAACACGCAUAAGGGAUCGGCCCGUCAUCAGCAUCGAAAAUUACACCAUAUACUGCGGCGAUGCUGAUGAGAACAAAGUAGGUGGCUGCGCGAUAGCUGUGAGGAACGAUUACAAGAACCUGGUGGAGGAAUUUGGCUCAACGUCGUCUAGAUGCGCCUUUUUACGACUGCGGGAUCGCAGAGGACGUAAACUCUGGAUCGUAAGUGCUCACACACCUACGGAAACCGCUGAUGACAACAGUAAGGAGGCCUUCUAUGAUGAACUCAAUGCGUUGAUGUCUAAAAUACCAAACCAGCAGAGGAAUCAUCGACGCCAUCAGCUCACGUGGCAGGAGUCAACCCUUUUAACGCCUGAAGAACAGCGCAAGUGGAAGACGACGACUCUUAAGCUUCAGCUCGACUACGUUCUGGCAAGGAACAUUCCUCAGUCAGAUAUCCGAAAAUCUAGAACUGCUUGGGACGUAGCGUUCGACUCUGACCACCGUCUGAAAGAUGAUGAAUGCAGAACAAAAUUCCGCCAACGUGUGUCUAUUCAUGUUGGAGUACGGACCAGGAAGAAGCUUAGCGAUGCGGAUUCCUUCACAAAGUGCAUCCAGGACGCUGCAAGGGAAACGCUCCCGGUUCUAUUGCCGCGGAAGAAGUUUGCCUUUGCAUCUGCGGAAACAAAAUCCACAUACAAUUCUGUAUGUGUCACGCGCAGCGCUGGUGACUUCAACCAGGAAAAGCGUCUUAGAAGGAAUCUGCGUCGUCAACUGCAACAAGACCGCGAUAACGAGUGGACGUCAAGAGCGAUGGAGUCUGAGAAGGCGUGGGAGGACAGGAACCCGCGGAAAGCCUAUGCUCUACUAAAACAGUAUAGCGGCAAAAUGAAAAGAUGUUCCCCUGUCCUCAACACUGCCAAUGGGGUAGCUGUCGGUGAAGCAACCCUUCCAAUUUGGAAGGAACACUUCAAGACCUUGCUGAACCGGCUAGCACCGUCAGCUCCUGAACUCGAACACGUUCAUAGAUCGACGUAUGCGGUUAACGAGGGGCCACCGACCGAGUCGGAGGUCCUGGUCUGUAUUCAAAAAAUGAAGAAUGGAAAAUCUGGUGGAGACGACGGGAUUAGCGCAGAAAUGCUAAAAUAUCUUCCUCCGUCUGGGAUCCAUGAGAUGACAAAGAUCAUCCGUUCAAUAUGGGUAGAUGAAAGGAUACCUGAUUCGUGGAGACACGCUAUUAUAAUUCCCCUCCACAAGAAGUUAUCCGUCACGGACCCUAGGAAUUAUCGAAGAAUCUCUUUGCUGCGUGUUAUGUACAAGGUAUUGGAACGCAUUAUCCUGGACCGACUCAUUAAACAUCGCGAAGAAACAACGCGCGACGAGCAAGCUGGCUUUCGUCCUGGCCGAUCUACGAUUGACCAAGUGUUCAUCGCCAGGAGAGUGAUCGAAAUCUGGCAGCGGUAUUGGAAGCAAAUGCAACUAGCGUUUCUGGACUUUGAAGCCGCGUUCGACUCUCCUCACCGAGGCCGUCUUCUCAACGCGCUCCGCGCCGACGGAGUACCAGGAAAGUUCGUUCGCUUGCUUGAUGACAUGAAUCAACGAACAACUGCUGCAGUUCGAACACCAGCCGGAUGUACAACACCGUUUGAAGUGGUAACUGGACACAAUCAGUGCUCCUGGACUGACCUCGAGUACGCCGACGAUGUUGUUAUAUUCGCGGAAAGCAGUACGAAACUUCAACAUGUUGUCAACCUUGUAUCGAAGCUGGCUGCAGCCUAUGGACUACGCCUACGCCCUGAAAAAUGCAAGCAGAUGUGGAUCUCUUCGAGACCACGAACGGGAAUCAGGGUGGACGGACAACCAAUAGAACUCGUCGAUGAGUUCUGUUACCUAGGCUGUACGCUGAAGAACAAUGGCAGCUACGAGAGAGAUGUUCAGCAAAGAUGCGCUAAGGCCACUUCUGCAUUUAACUCCUUAACGAAAUGCCUGUGUUCGACCCCCAUCACCAACGAAGUCAAGCUGCGAGUCUACCUAUCCGCAAUUCGCCCCAUCAUGAUGUACGGAUCGGAGACUUGGGCAGCACCAUCAACGGUUAUGGAGAGGCUUGACUGCACGGAACGAUAG